UUGUCUAUAAAGUUGUUGUUGAGGCGGCCGGACGCUAAGAUGGCGGCGGCGGCGGCGGCCGUGGCGGGGGCGGGGCGCGGCGGCGCGGCGGAGCCCCGGCAGGAGCGGAGCCGGGCCCGGGGCUGGACCGGCGCGGAGCGCGGCGAGGGCCGGAGGAUGGAGCCUGGCGAGGAGCAGGAGGAGGAGGACUCCCCCGGCGGCCGGGAGGACGGCUUCACCGCCGAGCACCUGGCCGCCGAGGCCAUGGCGGCCGACAUGGACCCCUGGCUGGUGUUUGACGCGCGCACCACCCCUGCCACGGAGCUGGAUGCCUGGCUGGCCAAGUACCCACCUUCCCAAGUCACCCGCUACGGCGAGCCCGGCUCGCCCAACUCGGAGCCUGUGGGCUGGAUUGCGGCCUACGGGCGAGGCUACGUCCCCAACUCCGGGGACGUGCAGGGCCUGCAGGCGGCCUGGGAGGCCCUGCAGACGGGCGGGCGGCCCAUCACGCCGGGCACCCUGCGGCAGCUGGCCAUCACCCACCAGGUGCUGUCGGGCAAGUGGCUGAUGCAUCUGGCCCCGGGCUUCAAGCUGGACCACGCCUGGGCUGGCAUUGCCCGGGCAGUGGUGGAGGGCCGGCUCCAGGUGGCCAAAGUGAGCCCCCGCUCCAAGGAGGGGGGGCGCCAGGUGAUCUGCGUGUACACGGACGACUUCACGGAGCGCCUGGGCGUGCUGGAGGCAGACGCGGCCAUCCGCGCGGCGGGGGUCAAGUGUCUGCUCACCUACAAGCCCGAUGUCUACACCUACCUGGGCAUCUACCGCGCCAACCGCUGGCACCUCUGCCCCACGCUCUACGAGAGCCGUUUCCAGCUGGGGGGCAGUGCCCGCGGCUCCCGCGUGCUGGACCGCGCCAAUAAUGUGGAGCUCACCUAGGGGGGGGACAGCCCCCCUGCCCUCCUGCUAGGGUUGGACCCUCGGCUCUGCCUGGCCCCCUGAGGCCAUAGGAACUGCAAACCUUGGACCCUGGAACUUGAGCCCUCCCUGCAGGGCUGAGUUGAUCCCCGCUGGCUGGAAGCUCCGGCCCCUGAGCACUGGACCCGAGGCCGCACCUCUGCCCGCCAGGAGCCAGUCCAGGUGCAGACACCGGGCGGCAGGAGAGUUUUCCUGGUUGUCCUCGUCCCCUGCUGCGCCUGCUUCCUCCUGCACCCCCCUCAGCCCUCUCUCUCUCCCUUCCGAGAGAAAAUUUUGCGCUUCCAGUCACUGUUCGAGACCCAGGGCCUUCGCUGCCCGGGCCAGAGGCCCUGCAAGCCUGAGCAUGCCAUGGUGGGGGGAUCCCGGGCCUGUCCCUCUCCCCUCUGCCUGCUCAGUCUGUUCCGCCCGGCUGCCUGUCCAAUAAAGCCCAGCCCGGGUCUGUGUCUGA